GAUUCCGGGUGGGCGGGAGGAUUAGGGGAGGGAACAAGAUGGCGCCGACUAACGUCCUGAGGUGUUGUCAACGGGUAGUCGGCUGGAUCCCCGUCAUUUUCAUCACACUCGUUGUCUGCUGGUCUUACUACGCUUACGUGAUUGAAUUAUGCGUGUUUACCAUCCUGAGCAUUGGGGAAAAAGUUGUUUACCUUGUAGUGUUCCAUCUAUCUUUUAUCAUGUUUGUGUGGUCCUACUGGAAAACAAUAUUUACAUCACCUGCCAAGCCAUCAAAAGAGUUCAACUUGAUAAAAUCUGAUAAGGAACAGUAUGAUCGGGAAGAAAGAGCCGAAACACAGCAAGAAAUUCUAAAAAGAGCUGCCAAAGACUUGCCUGUUUAUACCAGAACUGCAAGUGGAGCCAUCAGGUACUGUGAUCAUUGCCAACUAAUUAAACCUGACCGAUGUCAUCAUUGCUCUGCCUGUGACAUGUGUGUAUUGAAAAUGGAUCAUCAUUGUCCUUGGGUGAAUAACUGUGUGGGAUUUGCAAACUACAAAUAUUUUAUGCUUUUUUUAGCAUAUUCUCUGUUAUAUUGUUUAUUCAUAGCAUCAACUGUGCUACAAUAUUUCAUCAAAUUUUGGACAGGCGAUUUGCCAGACACACAUGCAAAAUUCCACGUUCUGUUUCUUUUCUUUGUGGCGGCUAUGUUCUUCAUCAGUUUAUUGUCACUCUUCAGUUACCACUGCUGGUUGGUCAGCAAAAACAGGUCUACCAUAGAGGCUUUCCGAGCACCGGUGUUUCGAAAUGGCCCUGACAAAAAUGGAUUUAGCCUUGGAAUUGGCAAAAAUAUCAAACAAGUGUAUGGUGAUCAAGUAAAAUAUUGGCUGCUGCCUAUUUUUACGAGCCAAGGUGAUGGGUGUUCUUAUCCAACUCGCCUGGUCAAUCAGGAUGUAGAGCAGCCCAAUACAAUCAACAACAGUGAACCCGUCAAAAAGUAUAUCAUUGCAGAUGGACAGUCACUUCCUCCUAGACCAUUGAGUGAAUCUCAAAACCGAUUGUUAGGAGGGAUAGAUCAACACUGGAUAGAUGACGAGUCAGAUGAAGACAGUUCCAAGGCACGUGCAGUCCCAAAUCAAAAUGUCUCAAUUUCAAUUGACCAGGAAUCUACAAAACGGUCAACAUAGCAAAGAUGUUUCUGGUACCAGAUGUUGAAAUUGGAAUGCUGCUCACUUCUCUGGAAGAGGAAACUGUUGGAUACUGAUGACCAACUUCUGUAUUAGGAAUGUGUGUGCUGUGUUACAGUCAUUAGCAGUAUUGCUACUGUUGAGAAAGGCAAUAUAUUUAAAAUUACCAUCGCUUGUUGCCUUAAAUGAUAACUUGUCUUAGUGCCCACUGACACUGUGAUGGGUGAUACAAAUGUAAUACUGGGCUCUAAAUUAUCAAGCCACUAAUAAUCACUACAUGAACAGCUGACCAGAUAAUAAAACUAUUAAUAUAAUUUGUAUUCUGUAACUCAGAAGUCUUAGAGUAGGUAACCUGUAAUUGUGAUUUGAAAUGUCCAAUCACACAACUUUUUUUAUUUGGUUGGCUGUUUAGAUAUUUUUAAUCUAUCAGAAGAGUUGACUUUUACCUCCCCUACUGCCAGGUUAUACUGUUAUUGGACAUAACAGGCGCUGAAAAUAAUUACUUUAGUAAUAACAUUUUACUAAGCAAUAUAUAAACCAGAUACAUUGUAUAGAUGGGAUGCAAGACUCAACCUCUAUAAUAAUCAUGAAUUGAACCUGCAAGAAACUUAAAAAUAAUGAUAAAUGAUUGCAAGCUAUCUCAUAAAAUUAAAUGCAGAUCUAUAUUUUAUGCAAAAGCCAAUAAUCGUGAGAGGGAGGGGGGGGUGUUAUUACUUUACAUUUAUGCAAGAAAUUUUGGAAAACAAACUUGCUGCACUAAUGUUUAAUGUAUUUGUAUGCAUAUUGUUAAUCAGAGCUGCUGUGCACCAAAGAGCAGUUACUGUUUAUGAAACAUAUUUAUUGUUUGCAAUGAAUGAAGAGUGGUUUACAAAUGCCACAUUGUUUAAGCUUUUUCUUUUUUUUAAUGUGUUGUCAAGAUUGCUAGUAAUCAAGAUUGUCAGUUGUCUUUUUAUAUAUGGCAAUUAACUUUUUUAAUUAAUUUACAUAGUACCAAUCAAUCAUUUAUAGUUAGUGGCAUCUAGUACAUACCAAUUAAUUUAGAUAUAAAUCUGAAAUGGUUUGGGACAGGUUUGAUUUUAAAAGUAUUUGAACAGAUAUUAGAAUUCAUGAUUCAACUUUUCAAUGUCUUUAAAGUUGGACUGAAGCACUGCAGUGUGCCCCCAUGUAACCCAUAACCACACUGUAAUUAUCAAAGUGCAAAAGUUGCAAUCCAAGCAAACAAACAAAAUUGUACAUUUCAGAAUUGAAAUAGGAAAAGAGAUGAUUCUGAUUCAAAAAUGAUCCUCUGGCUUCCAUAACUAAUUUGUAAAUUAUUUUGUGGGUUGUAUGUUGCAAAGUUUACGUGGAUUGAUAGUUGCAGUGUCUGAAUUGGACAGUUCAUAAAGGAAAUGGAUGGCAUUCUCAAUAUUUACUAUGUUUUUUAUACCAUUACCAUGAUAAUUGAAUGUAUUUUAAAGCCACAGCAAAGUAUGUUUGCGCAAUUUUAACAUUUUUUUUACCUUCAACUUUUUUUCAUCAGGGUUCAGAUACAUUCUAUAGACACAAAUGUGUUACUGAUAUGAAGUUUUUAUGAUAAUAAUGCAUUGUACAUAAUACAUUGUGAUAUUAUGCAGAAAGAAAAUCUGCAAUCAUGAAAGUUGUGACAGUAUUAAGCCAACGAGUAAGUUUAUCCAAAUAAAAUCUAUACAAGAUUACAACAUUGAUAUCUAAUCAACAAUGGAUGUUGCAUUGAUGAUGUUUACCAAUAGAUUAUCCAAAUAAAUGUUGAAAAUAUUGGAAUAUAGUUUAAUAUGAAUUGAAGUAUAAACUAAAUGAUGUGCACUCCACCUGUCUUUAUCAGCAUCUUUUCUUCCCUUUCUGUUGUGCUGAUGGACAGUUAAAAUGUCUUCUGUGGAAUUGAAGAUCGCCAUGCUGUAAUAACAUUGGUUUCAGUUAUUAAUAUGAAAAAAAUGUAAUCAAGUUAGAACUAGCAGACAUAGCUGAAUUGCAUUGUGACUUAGCAUGACAUGUGUCUGAGUUGUAUAAAUUAUCUUUGCUCCAAAAGAUAGCCAAAUAAAAGCUGGCACAGAUAA